CGUUGUGAUAGAGGUUUCAAGCCAAAAUCUCAAAUAUAUGGGAGGAGUUUAAAAGUGCGACACAAAUACUACGUAAAGACGUAGUGCAUGGGACUGGCAUGCAUGCAUGUAUGGACUGGGUCAUAGCAGUUGGAGAAAUUUAUGCUUAAUGUUAUCUUUCUGUUGCACUUUAUUUCAGUAGUACGUGGAGUCAAUUUCUAUUAUUUCAAUUGUUGGGCGUCGGUUACUGGUAGUGGCCUUAGGUUGUUCCUUUGUUUUCGGCAUUCUCUGUUUUCAGUAUUAUGAACAUGGUUUAAUAUUUAAGUAGCCGUUGGUUAUCAAUGAAGGGGUACAAAAAUUAUUCCAGAAAACUGUGGUACAGUCUCACCCAAAGAGAAUAUUUUCGUGAAGUUCUAAUUUACGUUUAUGUGGGACCUAUCACUUUAAACUCAUCUUAACAUAUAAAUACAUCUAAACUCAUUUUAGAUGGACGCUACACAAUUCAUUCCACCAACUCAACUUACUAUUAUUUAUAAAAAAUUCAGCUUAGCUCAACUCUGCUCAAUAUCCAAACGCAGCCUUAAGGGUCAUCAACUUAAAAGGGAACAACAAUAGAAGAACUGCGCGCCUUCCUCCCUUAGGCACGUCACUGGGCUAGUACAUUUAAUACUAGAAGCCUGCGUAAACCUUAAGCAUCUACCAAGUUGCCUUCUUCAAUGGAAAUCUCUAAGGUGGCUUGUACUCGAUGAUUGCCCAAAUAUUGUAAAUUUUGGGAUGGAGACCGUACAUAAUGGACAAUCCUCUCCAUAUAUAGUGUCUACGAGGGAAAAUGAAGCUUCGAGUACAGAAUCAUUCCCAAUGCCACCUCCAACAAAUUUAGCCAUUUCUCUUCUUCAAGAUUCUUCCUCAUUAAGGUUUCCGUCGUUGUAUCAAUUGGAUCUUGCAAACUCUGGCCUAACAAAAUCGAAUUUCUUUGGGCCAUUUCAUUGCUUUCCAAAUGUGGAACAUUUAGAUCUAUCACACAGUGAUAUCGUAAGCAUUCCUGCAAGUAUCGAAAGUACAUUUGUUAGAUUGAGGAAUCUUAUAUUGAAUGAUUGCAAGAAACUUCAAGAAAUUAUAGAGUUUCCAACGAAUCUACAAGUGGUAGAUGCUAGGGGAUGCAGAUCACUGAAAAGUUUACCAAAAAUAUCAAAAGUAUUUCCUUUCCCACGGCUAUAUUCGAUUGACUUAUCCAGAUGCUAUAAAGUAAAUAUGAGGAAUUAUAUGCCAAACCCUUCAUGGAAUCGAGCUAACAUGAUAUUUCCGGGAAAUAAGAUUCCAAAGUGGUUCAGUUAUCGCGAGGAGAGUACUACUUCAAAAAGUCGUUCCUGUGAGUUAGUUAUUGAAGGGCCCUCUCUAUGUUAUGAUGACAUCAUAGGAAUUGCUUUUUGUGCUGUUAUUAAAACCUUUAGAAAUGCUCUAAUAUGGGCUGAGAUGCCUAUAGAAGAAGUUGUUACUCAAGAAGUACAUCUUGGUAAAAUGGGUUCAGAUCAUGUAUGCUUGUGGUACUCCCCCACAUAUCUUAAGCGACAAUUGGCUGCAGUGGCCUACCAUUGGAGGAUUAUAUUUAAAAGUGCUCCAAAUUCAGUGAACUUCAAACGUUGCGGAGUUCGUCUGUUAAGCAAAAGCUAUGAACGGUACGUGAAAGAUCGUGGAGGUGUGCCCCAUCAUGCAAAUGUUGGUUUCCAUUUGGAUGCACCCAGUAAAGAUUUUCAAAAUUUAGCAAAUCCGAUGGAUGGAAGUCGACUUUCGCAGAGGCGUCUUGUUGAUCGAUUACGCUUAUGACGAUGAUGAUCGAUCGUAACAUUGAAUAUCCAACUUGUACUCACAAUAAAGGAGGCCUUCUUCAGCCUUGGACGUCAAAUCUUUUCUGGGAUCUGAAAUCCAUUUUGUUUGACUUCAAGUUUUUUUUCAAGUGCAUGGAUGAGCUAGCAGUUAUGUAAUGUAGUCAUUUUAUUUUGUAUUUAACUUGAGCUUCAUAUGAAUGAAAAUAGAAUGAUCUAGUAUUCUUAGUGUU